GAGCAAUCUAAUUGAGCGUAGGGAAAACCAACAAUAAUAGAUAGUUACUCCGUGGCUCUGGACAACACUCCCAUUUUAGUUCCCUCCGCACGCUAUUCGGCUAGUGUCAGGGAUAUGAUCGGUUUUCGGCUGCGGAUAUCGGUGUUAGGAGUUGUCCCGAGGCAACAACCUUAAAAAGGAGAUCAAUUCCCGAUUUUGCGGGGGAAAUUGUGAGAUCAUGGAAUCACUAUGAAGAAGCGAAGUACAGCUUCCCCUUUGCUGGGUCGCUAGAGCUAUUUGCAAUGAGCUUCUUAGAUGGUCCUGGGAGAUUAUUUCAAGAUUUGUUCAUUCUUGAACAUUCGUGUUUGUUGUGAUAUCUUCCUUGCAUCCAGUAAGCUGUAAAAUAGGUUGCUGCCGUUGCCAUGUCUGAGAUUCGUGGUUACGAUUCGUUUUUCCGUCUUGACGGCAAGAUCGCUCUUGUUACAGGAGGGUCCAGAGGCAUCGGCCUCCAUACAGCCACUGCCUUUCUUCUAGCCGGCGCCAAAAAAGUUAUCAUUACCGCUAGGAAAUCUGCUGGAGAGCAAGGCAUUGACCAGGCGGUGAAAAAGUUAAACCAGAUUCCUGGCGUCGCUGGGCAUGCAGUUGGUAUACAGGCCAAUGCAGCGAAUACAGAGGAGGUAGCAAAACUAGUCCACGAGGUCAGAAAAAGCGAUGGAACGCUUGAUAUCUUAGUUGCAAAUGCCGGGGCAACAUGGGGAGGACCAUUUGAGUCAACUCCAGACUGGAGUUCACAGAAGAUCCUCGAUCUUAACGUUCGAGGAGUUUUUAACUUGGUUAGACUGUUCACCCCAUUACUUGAAGCGGCUGGUACCAGCCAGGAUCCUUCAAGGGUCGUCAUAGUCAGUUCUGUUGCGGGCGUUAAUGUACCCCAUGUUGGCGAGAACGGUACGAUCAUGUACUCAGUCUCCAAGGCUGCAGCAAAUCAUCUUGCAAGAAAUCUCGCAGUUGAGUUAGGACCACGUAACAUCACAACAAACACUGUCGCCCCGGGAUUUUUCCCAUCAAAACUCGCGAACGGGCUGAUUGGAAAUCUUGGAGGGAGAGACAAGCUGAGCUCAGAUGUUCCUCGUGGAAGAUUAGGGGAGCCGGAAGAUAUUGCAGGUGUAAUGAUUUACCUCUGUUCGCCGGCUGCAAACUAUAUUAACGGUGUCGAUAUUGCUGUAGAUGGUGGCAGGCAUCUGGGGAUCGGUCCACCGAGGCUGUAGUAUGUUGAGAUCCUUAAAUGCAAUUUCAUAUAUAUCUUUCAUACAAACAAUUUCAGGGAUACUUCUUCCAUGGCUAUGAAAGUCGAUCGAUAAACAAACACCCCAAGGAAAAUUACUGAAAAUAGGAAGGAUCCUUACCAACCAGCGGCGAAGUUCAUCAUGACCAUGAUUUUAUUUUCCCCAUCAAAUCCCCUACUGCUUGGUUGAUAGGAUACCUUUUACGAUUAAAUAAUAAGAACAGUUAACAGAUGGGCCUACUUAACUCUUGACUCUAGAGCCACUUUUGUGAUACCUCG